UAUGUGCUUCCAAGUGAGAAGGGUGUUCAGGAAACCAAAGAAUGUUUAUGUUCGACCUCUCUUGAUUUCGUUUGGUUUCAGAAUGUUCCAUGUCAAUUUUUCGCUAUAGUAUUUGAUGCGGGGUCAACGGGUACUCGGCUACACUUGUACAGAUAUGCUCACAAUUCAGACUUGAGAGGAAUUCCAUUCAGAGUAGAAGAGGAAAUAUUUCGAGAAGUAAAGCCGGGUCUGUCCUCAUUCAGUGACAACCCCGCCGAAGCGGCCAAAUCAAUUCGGACGCUACUGCUGACCGCUCAAGCAACUGUCCCCACAUAUAUGUGGGAGAAGACUCCCGUAACCCUAAGGGCUACAGCUGGCCUUCGACUUCUUCCUGGAGACCUAGCUGAUGAGAUCCUUGAUGCGGUAGAAGACGAAAUCCUCAACAGCGGAUUUUUCGUCAUCCCAGAGGCAGUGAGUAUUAUGAGCGGUUCUGAUGAGGGGAUGUACAGCUGGUUCACCUUAAAUCUUUUACUAAAUACACUUUAUCCCGAUAAUGCUGCUCAUCCGUAUUCACCUGAACCUUCAAAAAGCGUUGCUGCGUUCGACUUGGGGGGCGGCUCAACACAACUUACUUUUUGGCCUGAGGAUGUGCGCAUGUUUGAUGUUUAUAAGGAUUACGAAAGGGACAUAAAUUUUUUUGGACAUCGCAUGCGGUUGUUUACGCACAGCUUUCUUGGCAAUGGACUUAUUGCUGCCCGCCUGAAUAUGCUUCUUGAUCCUUCAAAAGAUGAGCAUGAAAGUAAAAAUCUCAAUUCGUCAUGUUUUCCUCCUGAUUUUGAAGUUCAUGAUUGGGAAUAUGCUCUCAAAAAGUGGACUAUAAGAGGAACAGAGAAUUAUUCGUUCAAAUCUUGCUACGACUCAGCCCGACAGUUCGUCAACAUUAGCAAUAUUAUGAAACUUCCAACCCUUCACAAUAAGAUGAUUUACCUGUUUUCGUACUACUACGAUCGCGGGUUAAAUGCUGGUUUGGUAAAGGAAAAUGUUGGAGCUUGUUCGCGAUCGGCGGGCCAACUUCAGGGCCCUCAUUGGAUGCCCUGGCAAUGUCAAGAUUUAACGUAUAUCUACAGUUUGCUUCAUGAUGGCUUUGGCUUUCUGGAGUCGCAACCAUUAUUUUUAGCAAAGAAACUCAGAGGAAUGGAAGUAGCGUGGGGUCAGGGAUUAUCCUAUACUUUGGUGCACGAAUUCCACAAAACACAGAUGUCAGCUUUCCUUGAACGAGCCAACGGUACAGUAGCCGAUCAAAUCAUGUCUUAUAUUUAUUCUAGCACCAAUACAGUAUUGUCUUACUUUAAAAUCAUAUCGUAAAG